UUUAUAUUAAUGUAUUUUCUUAUCUACGUUUUUGAUUAGUGAUUGUGUUGUAUUAAUGUUUAAGUGUAUAGUGUGUGUGUCAAUUUGUGUUCUUUAAUCUAUUUCAAUUAAAGUUAUCAUCAAAGAGACCGUUAUCACUACGAAUGUGUAACAUUCGUACUCACAUUCAGUCUUAGUCGUCGUGUCAAGAUGCUGUCGCGAUGCGUGGUGUCUCAGGUCAAACAUAACUCCUAUUUCCUGGUGGGACUGGCACUGGGGCUGUGGCUGGCGCUGGCAACGAUCCCGCUAGAGGAUGAUGUGACCCCGGCGGCGUGCAGCGCAGCGGGGUCCCCGCCUAUCGUGGACGAGUGGGAGCCGGUACGCGAGCAGCGCGAAAUGGGCGCCGCGGGCGCAGCGGGUCGCAGCGUGCAGCGGCCGCGCUACUACAGCACGGAGCUGGGUAUGCGCGCGGGCCUGCUGGCGGGCGCGCUCAGCUCUGAGGCGGCGCUGGCUGGCCGUGCAGCGGCGCUCAACCGUACAGCGGCGCGCCUGCUUCCCGCGUUACGGUUUUUCAUCACGGCCAGCGCGCUGCGUUCCGCGCCUGCGGGCGCCAACGUGGUCGGCUUCACUGAUACCAGAGAAAUGCUCAAGCCCUUCCAUGCACUGAAGUAUCUCGCCGACAACUAUCUGGAGGAGUACGACUUCUUCUUCUUGGUGACAGAUGCGACAUAUGUGAAUGCCCAAAGACUGACUGAGCUAGUUUCCAAGCUAAGCGUCAGCCAGGAUGUGUACAUGGGAACUGUGGCCGAUGAUGACACACAAUACUGCUCAUUAGAGAGCGGGAUCCUGUUGUCGAACUCUGUGCUGCGCGCGGUGCACGGCGCGCUGGACUGGUGCGUGCGCAACUCCUACUCGCCGCACCACCACGAGAACAUCGGCCGCUGCGUGCUGCACGCCGCCCACACCGUCUGCACCUCCGCGCUCCAGGGCGAGAGCUACGUGUCGUGGCGCGUCGGCGAGGCGGGCGCGGGGGGCGAGCUGGCACCCGCGCUGGCCGACGCGGUGACGGCGCAUCCGGUGCACGACCCCCACCACAUGUACCAACUGCACGCCUACGUCUCCAGGGUACUGCUGCAGCGUGCGCAGGCGCAGGUGGCGCGGCUGCGAGUGCAGGCGGCGGCCAGUGCGCGCCGACACCCGCGCGGCUUCCGCAACGCCACCUGGCCGCCCGGCCUGCGCAACUCGCCCGGACUCGCCUCCCCGCCCCCCAACAACAGGUUCGACCAUCUGCGCUGGACCACCUUCAACACCACGCACGCGCUGAUGCCGGACGACCACCGCACCGCCGCGCCGCUCAGCACCGCCACGCGCCGCGCCAUUGAUGUCAGUCAACAUCUUUUCCUGGCGCUGGCGGAGGCGGGCGCCUGGGCGCGCCGGCGCUGGGCCGCGGGCAGCGUGCGUCUGCUGGAGGGCGCCUGGUGCUGGGAGCCCCCGCACGCGCUGCGCUACCGCCUGCUGCUGACACGCGUCAUGUGCACCGACAAAUGUUCUCGAAUAACCUCAUCGAUGUUCCCGUUCGAGGAGGCGAGCGGCGAGGUGGUGCGCCAGGUGGAGGUGGCCCGGCCGCUGGGCGCCGCGCGCCUCGUGCCCGCGCGCUACGUCACCGAGAGCGCGCGCGUGCUGCUGCUGGUCGCGCUGGCGGCGCCGCACGCCACCCUCGCGCUCGACCUGCUGGCGCGCUACGACUCCGUCUGUCUGCAGCGCGACAGGAACACCGCGCUCAUGCUGGUGCUGGCGACGCGGAACGACAGCGCGGUGUUCGAGCCGGUGCGCGCGGCCGUGGAGGCGCUGGCGGGCGCGCACCGCGGCGCGCAGCUGGACGUGCUGGAGGCGCCGCUGGCCGCGCCCGCCGACAGCGCCGAGGACCCGCACGAGCUGCUGGCGCGCGCGCAGCUGGCGGCGCUGCGCGAGGCGCUGCCCCGCCUGCCGCCCGACACGCUGGUGCUGCUCGGCGUGCCCCACAUGGAGUUCAACGAGGAGUUCCUUAACAGGGUGCGCAUGAACACGAUAGCGGGCGAGCAGUGGUACCUGCCGGUGGCGUUCGCGCGCUACGCUCAGUUCGCGCACCCGCGCUUCGUGGACGCGGCCGGAGCUCGCCCGCAGCAGAACACGGGCCGCUUCAACGAGCGCCAUCGCCACGUGCUGGCCUUCUACAAGGCGGACUACGACACAGCGCUGGAGCAGUGGCAGCGCACGCGCAGCUCGGAGGUGCGCGGCGCGGCGGAGGUGCUCGCGCACGGGCCACUCCUGACGCUGAGCGCGCCCGAGCCGGCGCUGCUGUUGGCGCCGCAACCGCCGCCCUGCGCCGCGCUCUGGCGGGAGGCGGGGCGGGAGGCGGGGCGGGAGGCGGGGCAGGAGACGGGGCAGGAGGCGGGGCGGGAGGCGGGGCAGGAGCGGCUGGCGUGCCUGCAGCGCGCGCGCGACGCCGGGUUCGCGGAGCUGGACCUGGGCGCGCGACACGCCCUCGCCAAGCUGCUGCUGGAGACGCAGGCGGAGCUGGAGUGACCUCCACA